UGUCAUUCCCCAGCUUUUCCUUGACUUUCCCCCUCCCAACCGAUGAUUUCAAAUGCAUGACUCUUGAGUAUCACCUAGUAUUUCCUGGCUGAAUUAUUAGGCAUUGAAUAUGACAGCGGACGAAGAAUCCGCACUCCUCCGGUCUCCGACUCAAGAGAGUCCAGAAUCCGAAAUUGAGUCGAGACAAAAGUCUGAACGUGCCAACAAACUGGUCAUCUAUGGCUCAUUCAUUGGUGUGUUUAUUGCUUCCGCCGAUGAGUCACUUGUCAUUUCAACCUGGAGCUCUAUCGCUUCGCAGUUCAACCGUCUGUCAGAGGGAUCAUGGUUGCUGGUCGCGUAUAACUUUGGCUACUGCGUUUCAUUACCAGUAUAUGGCACUCUCAGCGACAUAUAUGGACGCAAAAAUGUCCUUCUCUGGGCUUAUUCACUGUUUGCUUUAAGUUGCCUGGCAUGCGGUGCGAGUGGUUCUCUGAUCCAGCUGAUUCUGGCCAGAGUGUUGGCUGGAGUUAGCGGAGGUGGCAUGAUCUCCCUUGUCUCUAUUAUCAUAACCGGCUUGAUGCCCCCAGACGAGGUGGCACUUUUCCGAGGGUAUGCUAACGUGGUUAACGUUGCUGGUCGCAGCUUGGGUGCCCCGGUUGGGGGCUUUUUGAUCGCGACACUCGGCUGGAGAUGGUCAUUUCUAGGCCAGUUUCCCCUUAUUAUGAUUUGUCUCAUCGUCGCUUAUUACGGCCUUCCCGCAUCCUUGAACCAGAAUAAGGCAGACGGCAACCACCGAGCAUCGGAUUUCGACUUCGGUGGCAUCUUAAGCUUUGCUACGGCCGUUGUGAUUUUGCUUUUUCUAAUCCAAAGCUCAAGCACAACAUAUGCUCAGCAACUACUGCCUUGCAUACUGGGACUUGCAUUGGCCAUUGCUGCUGCGAUCUUCCUCCUGGUGGAAGCAUACUGGGCCAAAAAGCCCUUGAUACCUUUACACCUAGUGAAAAGCUCCUUGGGCGGGUAUUUCAUGGGACAAAUGUUGUUGAUCACGGGUCGGUCAGCACUCAGCAGUAACAUGGUACCAUACUUCAUCCGAGUUGAAAAAGCGACCGACUUUCUCGCGUCGUUUACCUACGUCGUCACCGCGGUGGGUGUGUCAGUUGGUGGACUGAUUUCAGGGGCCAUCAUUAAACGGACCAAGCGUUAUAAGACUAUGACUAUAGUAUCACUGGGCUCUACUGUAUUGCUCUCUAUUCUGAUUUAUAUCCGCUACCGGGACGGCUGCUUUACCUGGGAGCUAUUCUACCUUUUCCCGUCCGGCGUGGCAAAUGGCGUGCUCUUCUCCACCCAGUUCAUUGGGAUGUCCUUAACUGUACCUAAAGAACGCCUCGCGACGUCUAUUGGAAUAUACUAUCUCUCUCAGCAGCUGGGGUUCAUUGUCGGUCCGGCAGCUUCGGUCGCAGUUGUCCAACGACUCUUUGCAAGUAGGGUUUCGGAUGGGUUGGAGGGAUUGAAGGAGAGACAGCUCAUCCGCCAAAUUCUCAAUGACUUGAGAUUCUCAGAGACCUUGCCGGAAGAGGUCCAGGGAAUUGUACGAUCGAGCUAUCUGUAUGGGUUUCAGUUUGUACCGUGUAAGUUGAAUAUGCCUCUGAGAUAGUCCGAAAUUAAAAUAACGGACAGGUAUAGUGCUUGGUACGGUGACCACUUUGAUCAUGUUGCCUAUCACGCUGUGGUUGAAGGAGGAAAGAAUGAGAUGAAACGGAAGGUAGUCCAUGUCACUUAUUGAGUACGGUAAAUUCUUGUAUCUGUACUAGUAGAAGGUUUAUCAUUAGACGAUGGAUGAGCCUGUUUUCGUGGCUGUAAGCCCUAAUGAACCAGCUCCGGAGCCAUUCCGUGUGCCCUGC